CGUCACUUCCGUUUCCUGCCGCGCGGGGCUCUCAUUUCCGCUCCUUCAGUGUGGCUCUCCCGCGGAGCCGAGCGUACUCUAAACCCGGCUGCGCUCCUUGAGGAGUGACGAGCCUGCGGAACCGCAGCCAUGGGGUGGCUCGUUUCUGUGUAACUGAGGUGUGGUGCCACUGACCAUCCUCACGAACGUGCGCUGUGCUCUCAUGGUGUCCAGCAAGAGACGGCGGAGGCAGAUACUAUGACUGAGGCUGAUGUAAAUCCAAAGGCCUAUCCCCUUGCUGAUGCCCACCUCACCAAGAAACUGUUGGACCUCAUUCAGCAGUCAUGUAACUACAAGCAGCUUCGGAAAGGAGCCAAUGAGGCCACCAAAACCCUCAACAGGGGCAUCUCUGAGUUCAUUGUGAUGGCUGCAGAUGCUGAGCCGCUGGAGAUCAUCCUGCACCUCCCACUGCUGUGUGAAGACAAGAAUGUGCCCUACGUGUUUGUGCGCUCCAAGCAGGCCCUGGGACGGGCCUGUGGGGUCUCCAGGCCUGUCAUUGCUUGUUCUGUCACGAUCAAAGAAGGCUCACAGCUGAAGCAGCAGAUCCAGUCCAUUCAGCAGUCCAUCGAAAGGCUCUUAGUCUAAACCUGUGGCCUCUGCCACAUUCUCCCUGUUGACUCCUCCCCCUGAGAUUGUGUAUAUCAUAUUGUCUGUGUUAGCAUGUAGUAUUUUCAGCUACUUUCUAUUGUUAUAAAAUAUUAUAGUACUACAUUUUGGUUUCUGGA